ACGUGAGUGGGAGGUGAUUCUCACUCACUCGGAUAUGGACUGGCACCGCCGCCCCCACCAGCCACCGCCGGCACCCCUGACCUGACGUGUGCGUCGGCCAACCAACCCGGCAACCGGCACCGGCGAUAGGAGAACGACGGGCUCUGCUGAAUGCCUCCAAACGAGCGAUGAUUUCGUAGCAGGAAACCUUUCUUUAUAUACAGUAGCACUUGUGUUAUCGUGUGCUGGUAGCAUUUAGCUAGCUUGAUCAUCCCCUGGGCAACAGCAUAGCGUAGUAGAGAGAGGAGGGAGAAAGCAGCAGCUAUGGGGUCAGGAGGAGGCGGCGGCGACCGGCAAGCGCAGCCGCUGCUCGGCAAGCUCUCGGAGUCGUCGUCCGGCGAGCACCUGGUCAAGAGAACCGGCACGGUAUGGACGGCGAUGGCGCACAUCAUCACGGCGGUGAUCGGCUCCGGCGUGCUGUCGCUGGCGUGGAGCGUGGCGCAGCUGGGCUGGGUGGGCGGGCCGGCGGCCAUGGUGUUCUUCGCCGGCGUCACCGCGGUGCAGUCCUCCCUGAUCGCCGACUGCUACAUUUCCCACGACCCGGAGCGCGGCGUCGUCAGGAACCGCUCGUACGUCGACGCCGUGCGGCUCUACCUAGGUGAGAAGAGCCAUUUGUUCUGCGGCUUCUUCCUCAACUUCAGCCUGUUUGGCACCGGGGUGGUAUACACGCUCACCUCCGCCACCAGUAUGAGGGCGAUCCAGAGGUCCAACUGCUACCACAGGGAUGGCCACGACGCGCCGUGCUCCGUGGGAGGGGACGGCUACUACAUGCUCCUCUUCGGCCUCGCGCAGGUGGUCCUGUCGCAGAUACCCGGCUUCCACGAGAUGGCGGGGCUCUCCUUCUUCGCCGCCGUCAUGUCCUUCUUCUACGCCUUCGUUGGCGUCGGCCUCGGCGCCGCCAAGGUCAUCGCGAACGGGGUGAUCAUGGGCGGCAUCGGAGGCAUCCCCAUGGUGUCCACGCCGCAGAAGGUGUGGCGAGUCUCGCAGGCCCUCGGGGACAUCCUGUUCGCCUACCCCUUCUCCCUGGUGCUGCUGGAGAUUGAGGACACGCUGAGGUCGCCGCCGCCGGAGAACGAGACGAUGAAGACGGCGACGAGGGCGAGCAUCGUGAUCACCGCCUUCUUCUACCUCUGCUGCGGGUGCCUCGGCUACGCGGCGUUCGGCGACGGCACCCCGGGCAACCUCCUCACCGGCUUCGGCUUCUACGAGCCCUACUGGCUCAUCGACCUCGCCAACCUCUGCAUCGUCCUCCACCUCCUCGGCGGCUACCAGGUGUACACGCAGCCGGUGUUCGGCUUCGCCGACCGGCACUUCGGCGGCGCCGCGGCCGAGGUGCCGGUGCUGGGCGCGCGCCGCGUGAACGUGUUCCGGCUGUGCUUCCGGACGGCGUACGUGGCGGCGACCACGGCGCUGGCCGUGUGGUUCCCCUACUUCAACCAGGUCAUCGGGCUGCUCGGCGCCUUCACCUUCUGGCCGCUCGCCAUCUACUUUCCCGUGGAGAUGUACCUCGCCAGGAACAAGGUGACGCCGUGGACCAAGCAGUGGCUCGCCAUCCACGGAUUCAGCUCCGUCUGCCUGCUCAUCAGCGCGUUCGCCUCGGUCGGAUCCGCCGUGGGGGUGUUUGGGUCCGAGACCAGCUAAGCAACUCUGUCAGCAAUGGCAGCUCUAGUGGGCAUAGUUUUUUUUUUCAGAUGGGGACUAGUGCAGCCACAUGAAUGUCCACUUGUAUAAUUAUUUGCAGUCAGGUUAAUUUCUAGUAUGUAUUAAGAACUUGGUGUAGAUAGAUAAGGUAACUUGGUGUAGAUAGAUAAGGUGAGUUUUAAGAGCAUGCCUUUCGAAAAAAAGUUUUAAGAGCAUGCGAGACAAUUUUACCUGAUCAUGGCAGAGCAGGUAAGCAAA